AUGGAAGAACUACCUUUGGAGCCGCACGGAAUUCUCUGGCAGGAAGACUUUGUCUCGCCGCAGCAUGAGGAAAAACUCGUGCAAAUUUUCCACAACGAGCUCGAAUGGCCUGACCGCACAGGGCGAAUCUCCUUGCACUAUGGCUAUACCUUCGAUUAUAAGACCUUUGGCGUCGACCCAGACAUCCCUUACAAGGAGUUCCCAAACUGGCUGAAACCACUCAUCCCAACAUACGAGGGCCGCCCUCCAGAGCAGGUCUGCCUGCAGUACUACCCACCAGGCGCGGGCAUCCCGCCUCACGUCGACACCCACUCUGCCUAUGACCAGCUCUACUCGCUGUCUCUGGGCUCACCUGUCUUGAUGCAGUUUCGCAGGGGCGACCGCCGCGUCGACGUGGACCUCAAGCCGCGCAGUUUGAUGAAGAUGUCGGGCGACUCAAGGCUGCACUGGACGCAUGGCAUCAAGAAGCGCAAGACGGACACCCUCCCUGAUGGUACGGUACGGACGCGUGAGGAUAGGUGGAGCAUCACAUACCGGUGGCUGAGAGCUAGUGGUGAGUGCGAGUGUGGGAAUCCCGAGCUCUGCGACACUGCUCAGCGACGCGGCGGCAUCGAGAGGGAGUAUCGAUGGAAGACGAGAUGCGACUGGCGACAGCACCCUUGA